AGAAAAAUUUGCUGAACUUGGCCAAAAUAUCAGCUUUGUUUAAUUUUAAAUGUAAUUCUAUUUCUGUUAGUAUUAAAUCUAUAAAUGUAGUAUUUUAAUUUCUUUUUCUGGUGCACACCAUCUGAUUGCCAGAGGAGAGCGUUUGGUGAUCUUACAGCACACGUGAUUGGUCUGUGAGUUUACUGCGCCGCAAAGCACGUAAACCGUAAAGACAAGAAAAGUUCAGCCGCUUAAGUUGUCAGAAUUAAAUCCUUUUCUGUUGUUUAUCGGUUUGGGUCUGCAUUGGACAACGUCUGGGUCCGGACCAGGUCCACAGCCCUCCUAUAAGUGACCUCUGCUCUAUGACCUAUAUGUUUAAAAAGGUUACAUCAGCUGAUGGAGGACCACACAGUACAUCAAACGGAGCACAUGACCACUAUCGAGACACAUGCUGUCUCUCAACAGGUGCAUGUGGCUACCUACACAGAACACAGCAUACUCAGUGCUGAUGAGGACUCACCUUCUUCACCUGAUGAUGACACGUAUGAUGACUCUGACAUCCUUAACUCAGCAGGGACAGAUGAGGUUACAGCACAUCUGGCUGCUGCAGGACCAGUUGGAAUGGCAGCAGCUGCUGCUGUAGCUACAGGGAAAAAACGUAAAAGACCACACAUCUUUGAAUCAAACCCAUCAAUACGAAAAAGGCAACAAACUCGACUGCUUAGGAAGCUGAGAGCCACACUGGAUGAAUACACAACUAGAGUUGGUCAGCAGGCUAUUGUUCUUUGCAUAUCACCAUCUAAGCCCAAUGCUGUAUUUAAGGUUUUUGGUGCAGCUCCACUUGAGAAUGUGGUCCGGAAGUAUAAGAGCAUGAUUCUGGAGGACUUGGAAAAUGCUCUGGCUGAACAUGCACCCCCAGGAGGUGGAGACUUGAGCUCUGAGCUUCCUCCACUUACCAUUGAUGGCAUUCCAGUGUCUGUGGACAAAAUGACACAGGCUCAACUUCGAGCCUUCAUUCCUGAGAUGCUGAAGUACUCUACAGGCCGGGGGAAGCCUGGCUGGGGUAAGGAGAGUUGCAAACCUAUCUGGUGGCCAGAGGACAUUCCCUGGGCAAACGUACGAAGUGAUGUGCGCACAGAGGACCAGAAACAGCGGGUGUCAUGGACGCAAGCUCUGAGGACAAUUGUUAAGAACUGCUACAAGCAGCAUGGGAGAGAGGACCUACUUUAUGCCUUUGAAGACCAGCAAAUCACCCCACAACAGAUUGCUGCAGCAGCUACACAUAACAUAACACACCUUGUGCCCUCACAAACAGUGGUGCAGACUAUUAGUAAUCCUGAUGGAACUGUCUCACUUAUUCAGGUGGGCACUGGAGCGACUGUAGCCACACUUACUGAUGCAUCAGAACUGCCAGGCACCGUUACUGUCGCCCAGGUCAACUACUCUACAGUUACAGAUGGGGAGGUUGAGCAAAACUGGGCAGCACUUCAGGGAAGUGAGAUGACCAUCCAGACCACACAAGCAUCUGAGGCUACACAAGCAGUGGCUUCCUUGGCAGAGGCUGCUGUUGCAGCAUCCCAAGAGAUGCAGCCUGGGGCAACAGUUACCAUGGCACUAAAUAGUGAAGCAGCAGCCCAUGCAGUGGCCACACUCGCAGAAGCUACUCUUCAAGGAGGUGGGCAAAUUGUGUUGGCAGGAGAGACAGCAGCUGCAGUAGGAGCUCUUACUGGAGUGCAAGAUGCCAACGGUUUAGUUCAGAUUCCAGUCAGUAUGUACCAAACUGUAGUUACAAGUUUGGCCCAAGGAAGUCGCCCUGUUCAGGUUGCCAUGGCUCCUGUUGCCACGCGCAUUGACAACACUGUAACAUUGGAUGGACAGGCUGUGGAAGUUGUGACCUUAGAACAGUGACACAUCUGCAAACACAUUGGACAGGAAGUUUUGUGCUUUUCCAUCAAAAGACGGGACCACUGAAACAGAACAAUCUUCACAAUGUAGUAUGUAUAGUGCAAAAUAUAUUUUUAAAACUUGCAUAGGAUUAAAAGUUUUUUGAGCUAUUCCAAUAUAAAAUUGUUCAAUUGUCUUUUAUUGUAGUAUUUUGAUUUUUUUCCCACAUUGUUUGAAAUAAUAGAAAAUAAAGAGGCCAAAUUCAGUGUGGCAACAGCAGUAACUGAAUAAUGGCUUUUUUUUUUCUUUUUCUUUUUCUUUUUUUUGCAUUAAACGCUUUGGUGGAGAGCUUAGGGGGUUUGUUGUUGAAACUUCUUUCAUGUAUAUAUUCUGAUUUCUGAACAGUUUAUUUGUGAUAUUUUCAAUUUUGUAGUUAAUAAUUGUGUGCUGUAAGGUUGCUAUCAGUUAAUAACCUUGAGCUAUUACUUUAGGUGUGUUAAAAAUUAAACUUAAAUGUACAAAGUA